AUGGAAGGGGAAUCUUACCACAAUGCUACUACCGUCAACGGCACCCCAGUGAAUCACCAGCCUUUGGAACGCCACAGGUUGUGGGAAGUCGUCACCAUCGCAGCUGUGACAGCCGUGGUGAGCCUGAUCACCAUCGUGGGCAACGUCUUAGUCAUGAUCUCUUUCAAAGUCAACAGCCAGCUGAAGACAGUUAACAACUAUUACCUGCUCAGCUUAGCCUGUGCAGAUCUCAUCAUUGGGAUCUUCUCCAUGAACCUCUACACUACCUACAUCCUCAUGGGACACUGGGCUCUCGGGAGUCUGGCUUGUGACCUUUGGCUUGCACUGGACUACGUGGCCAGCAAUGCUUCUGUCAUGAACCUUCUGGUGAUCAGUUUUGACCGAUACUUUUCUAUCACAAGACCCCUGACGUAUCGGGCCAAGCGUACCCCAAAGAGGGCUGGCAUCAUGAUUGGCUUGGCCUGGCUGAUCUCCUUCAUCCUCUGGGCCCCAGCGAUCCUCUGCUGGCAGUACUUGGUUGGGGAGCGGACGGUGCCACCAGAUGAGUGCCAGAUCCAGUUCCUCUCGGAGCCCACCAUCACUUUUGGCACUGCCAUCGCUGCAUUCUACAUCCCUGUUUCUGUGAUGACAAUCCUCUACUGCCGAAUCUACCGGGAAACAGAGAAGCGAACCAAGGACCUGGCCGACCUCCAGGGCUCUGACUGCGUGGCUGAAACUGAGAAGAGAAAGCCAGCUCACGAGGCUCUGCUCACGUCCUGCUUUAGCUGCCCCCAGCUCACACUGGCCCAGAGGGAAAGGAACCAAGCCUCCUGGCCAUCCUCCUGCAGGAGCACCUCCGUCACUGGGAAGCCAUCCCGAGCCACUGGCCCGAGCACUGAGUGGGGCAAAACAGAGCAGCUAACCACCUGUAGCAGCUACCCCUCCUCAGAAGAUGAGGACAAGCCCACCACUGACCCUGUCUUUCAAGUGGUCUACAAGAGUCAGGCCAAGGAAAGCCCAAGGGAAGAAUUCAGUGCUGAAGAGGCCAAGGAAACUUUUGUGAAUGCUCAAACUGAAAAAGAUGACUAUGACACCCCAAAAUACUUCCUGUCUCCAGCUGUUGCUCAUCGACCCAAGAGUCAGAAGUGCAUGGCCUAUAAGUUCCGACUGGUGGUGAAAGCUGAUGGGACCCAGGACACCAACAACGGCUGUCGCAAGGUGAAAAUCAUGCCCUGCUCCUUCCCGGUGUCCAAGGACCCUUCAACGAAAGGCCUUGAUCCCAACCUCAGCCAUCAGAUGACCAAACGAAAGAGGAUGGUCCUCGUCAAAGAGAGGAAAGCAGCCCAGACCCUGAGUGCAAUUCUCCUGGCUUUCAUCAUCACGUGGACCCCUUACAACAUCAUGGUCCUGGUUUCCACCUUCUGCGACAAGUGUGUCCCAGUCACCCUGUGGCACUUGGGCUACUGGCUGUGCUACGUCAAUAGCACUGUCAACCCCAUUUGCUAUGCCCUCUGCAACAGAACCUUCAGGAAGACCUUUAAGAUGCUGCUUCUCUGCCGAUGGAAAAAGAAAAAAGUGGAAGAGAAAUUGUACUGGCAGGGGAACAGCAAGCUCCCCUGA